GCUUCCUCUGCGUGCAAUCCUAGCUAAGCUAAUAUAGAAGUCAUCAUUACCUUCUCUCUCUUUCUUGGGAUUGCUUUAUAUAUGUAGUUGGGUGUGAGCUUUGUUUCUUCACUUUGCCUAGCCGUCUCUCCCCCUCUCUCUCACAAACAACACAAAACUCUCCCCACUGAUCAAGAUAAGUGUUAUAGCUUGAUAUUGUAUGUAAUGGAUCCUUCUAGUGGACAACACCAGGCACAUUUACUAGAAAACAUGUUGGUUUGUUCAAAAGCAGAACAAGAGAGGAAGCCAAGACCACAACCAGAAGAAGCAGUCCAAUGUCCAAGAUGUGAGUCUACCAACACCAAGUUCUGUUACUACAACAACUACAGCCUCUCUCAACCAAGGUACUUUUGCAAGACAUGCAGAAGGUACUGGACCAAAGGAGGUAUACUGAGAAAUGUUCCAAUGGGUGGAGGGUGCAGGAAGAACAAAAGAUCAUCAUCAAAGAAAUCCCAAGAUCAACUGCUGCUCAAUAUCACAACCAAUCCCAAUAACCCACUUUCUACAUUCCCACUGAGAUAUGACCAGAAUGACCUAACUCUUGCAUUUUCCAGGCUCCAAAAACAGUCUAGUACUGGGUUUGAUGAUUCUGGUCUUUCUUUUCUUGGAAACCCAAUUGAUGUUAUGGGGAACCAUGAUGCACUUAGGAGCGGAUUUCUUGACACCCAGAACAAUUUUCAGAAUUUUUACUAUGGAUUUGGGAAUGGAAUUAGCCUGGGAGAGGUGGUGGAUAGUAAUAUUUGUGGUGGAGUAGGUGGUGAAAUGGGUAGUUUGCCUUAUGAAGACAUGAGUAGUGGAGCAACAACAACGGCAGUGACUGUGACAACAAUGAAGCAAGAACACUGCAAUGGAAGAGAAAGUGACAACAAUAGGGUAUUGUGGGGUUUCCCAUGGCAGCUCAAUGAAGCUAACAACAACAACAUUAAUGGUGAUCUUGAUUCAGGAAGAGGGAGCUGGAAUGGACUUGGUACUUCAGCUUGGCAUGGACUAAUUAACAGCCCCUUAAUGUAGACUUAACUAAAAAUCUCAGUUAAUUUCUCUGAUUCCCUUGAAUCAACUCUGUUUCAAUUUGUUUCUUUUGUCUUUUUGGUUUAUAAACUAAUGAGAAACUCUGGAUUUGUUUGCUAACCAAUUAAGUUAGAAACUUUGCAGAGGUUGGUUGAUAUAGUAAUAUAAAUUUGUUUCUGUUUUGGACUCGGAAAAUAGUGAAUGAUUGAGACUUGAGAGUGGUAUUUCAUGGUU